CACGUGAGGAGUCAGUGUGUUGAGCGUCCUCUUGCGUGUGAACUCCCACCAUCAUUUCCACUCGUGGCAGAGACGAGUAGGCGAGAAUAACAGUGGUCUCUGUCACGUCCUGAACUGGUCGGCCUGCGUCAGUAAGAAGAACUGUUGGUCCUGGUGCUGAAGGAGUCCUGCUCUCCACGAGGAUGGGGAAGGCGCUCGUGGCGGCGAUGACGGUGACUCUCCUGGCGGCGGUCUCCUCCGGGGGGCGCUCCGGCGGCGACCAGGUGUGGGUGCUGCCGGACACGGAGGCCAACCGGCAGCAUGCGACGUACCUGCAGAUGCUCGGCCUGGCUGCGCUGGAGGACGCCGUGCGCAUACGCGUCUCCGCGGACCACCUGGAGGAGGUGGCCGACUACCUGAGGCUGAUGGGCGUUUCCUGGGAAGUGUACAUUGAGGAUGUCUCUCAGUAUCUGCAGAACGUGACGAACAGGCGCAGCCGACGCGACUCCCUGCCGUACCCCUCGCCCCGCUUCCCGUGCUCCCUCGACUACUGCCCCGAGCCCCUGGUUCAUCGCUGGAUGUCCUACGAGGAGAUCACGUCGUUCGUCCUCAGCGUGAACAGCACCCACUACGAGCGCGCCAGAACAACCAGCGUCGGGCAGACAGCUGAGGGUCGAGACAUCUGGAUGGUGACGGUGCACAAAGGAACGUGUGACGACUCUCGGGGCUUCUACAUCGUGGCUGGUAGGCUUAGUGGGGGAGGAGAAUGUUGCAAGUAGACUUACUGUAUUCCAUGUUUGAUUUUUCUUGUGUUAUCUUAGUUAUUGUAUAUAUAUAUGUACACACACACACACACACAC